GUUGCUGUAUGUCAUUUGGUGUUUUUGUGUGGCGCACUAUUUGAAGCCUGUAAUGGUUUGUUUACUAGAAAAUUAGGUAUUUAGCAAAUUGAAGCAAUAACCUGCUUUUUCAGGCUUCAGGUGAUUGAGCCAGACAGAGCAAUAUAGUGAGGAAUAAGAAGAAAAAAGUGGAAGGAAGGAGAUGUAACUUGAAAAGCCUUCAUGGAUACAGAAUGAGAAAUGUCUUCACUAUUAAAUGAUUGCUUAAAUAUGUCUGGAUGUCAGAAUGCAACUUCACAGGAUGAGACUGAAGAAUUUCCAGGAGAGCCUUCAGUAGUGGAAGAGGAAGAUCUUCGACACCUGACCGGAGCUAAUGAAGAAGACAACCCAAAGUACUUUGAACCUAAGAGUGCUGAUGUACUUCAAGCAAUAGAAAAUGUUAUCCAGGAUAUUGUAAUUAGUUUGGCAAGGGGUGAAGCUCCUGUGCUAACUCUGGAUAAUCGCUCACACUGGUGUAACAUUAGAUUUCAAGAUUCGGUUGGACUUCAGAUGAUCCCUGAUGGAAUGCAAAGUAAAAUAAGAAGUGACUGUUCCAGAUCUGCUCUGAAGUUUGCACUUAUUCUAAAGAUACUGUCGACAAUCUAUAAAAUGGUACAGAGCAAUACAUAUGCCACUAAAAGAGACAUAUACUACAGUGAUACCCAACUCUUUGGCACACAAAGAACUGUUGACACUAUUAUAAAUGAUAUUUCUUGCAUGCUAAAAAUACCCCGCCGAUGUCUACAUGUUUUGUCCACAUCAAAGGGCUGCAUCGCAGGUGACUUGUGCUAUACAGAAGAAGAUGGUACAAAAGUUAACUGUGCUUGCGGUUACACAGCAUUACCAGUAUCAAGUAAUGUUUGUGGGAUGAAAAAUUUGACCUCUUCUGCCAGAUUUGUGUUGAUAGUGGAAAAGGAUGCAACAUUUCAAAGACUGCUGGAUGACGACUUCUGUAACAAACUAUCACCAUGCAUAAUGAUUACGGGCAAAGGCGUUCCAGAUCUUAACACUAGACUGAUGGUUAAGAAGCUAUGGGACACUUUUCAGACACCUGUCUUCACUCUUGUGGAUGCAGACCCUCAUGGUAUUGAAAUAAUGUGCAUCUACAAGUAUGGCUCUGCGUCCAUGUCCUUUGAAUCACAUAGCCUUUCAGUUCCUGCUGUUAGAUGGUUGGGGCUACUUCCUUCAGAUAUUGGAAGAUUAAAUAUUACCGAGGAUGUUUUAAUCCCCUUGUCAAAACAUGAUCAAAGCAAGCUUGCUUCUCUACAGCAGAGACCCUACAUUGCUUGCCAGCCACUUUGGAAGAAAGAAAUGGAAAUAAUGUCAAAUUCCAUGAAGAAAGCUGAAAUACAAGCACUGACAGCAAUUUCAUCAGAUUACCUUUCACGUGUGUACUUACCAAAUAAACUACAAUUUGGAGGCUGGAUAUAAAUAAUAAAGAUAGAACUGUAUAUUAAUGACACAUGAUAUGCUUUGUCUGAACCCAGAAAUAAAUAUGCAGCAGAUACUACUGACUGAAAGAAAUGUAAUUCAGCAUGGCAGAAGUUAAAAUUGUCAUUGCUCAGCACAUAUUGCAGCUGCAAUAUGAGAGUGUGUGCAUGUAUAUUAUACACACACACACACAUAUAUAAUAUAUAUAUAUAUGUAUGUGUGUGUGUGUACACAUACACACAGGCACACUCACUGCACUCGUACAAGCAGGUUUACCCAUUGGCAUUCAAACUGGGACAGUACUGAAGAAUUUAUUAGACAUCUGCUAACAGGUACCCCCCUCCCUCAGUUUUAAACUUAAAGAUCAAGUACAAAGGAUUUUUUACCACUCUUUUUGUAAUAAUUAUGCCCUCAACUUGUAAACUGGACUUUCUAAUUUUAAACCAUGUAGUUGUUAAUUUAUUUAUUUCAGUGGACCUUUACUAAUUACGCUUAAUAAACUGGUGUUUUGUUUACUCUAUGCUAAGUAACUGUCCAAUUACUUCCUGAUUCCAUGUCAUCCAGACCCACCUUCUGAUGAUGUAUUAGAGAGAGGAGACACAGUUCUUUAGUAGUUUGGCAUGUUUUCUAUGGCCUGCAGCAACUUUUAUUACAAAGCAACCAGAAUGCAGCACAAACAGUUACUCAGUCAAACAAUAAUCAAUAAAUGAACACUGUUAUAUUCAAGUGGAAUGUAGCAAAAGUAAGAUAGAAUAGGAUAAGAUUCUUAGUAAGGUGUAUAGUGCUUGGCAACAGUGUAAUAAAACAAAUGUAAAACUAAUAAACUGAUGUCUACUAAUGGAAUGAGUGAUCACUUUCAGGGAGAAAACAUGGAUGCGUGAAUUACAUACUCCAGGAUUUAUCCAGAAUACCAGUUACAGAAAAAAGAAAGAAAAAAAAGAGAAAUCAUAGGAGAGUGAAUUGUUUUACCAGCUUUGAAAGGUGAUAAAAACACUUAACAGUGUUGAAUAGACAGCUGCAUACCUCUCAACUUCAAUUAAAUUAAGAAUUCCAGACAUAUCCAAAAAUUAUUGGAGAGCAAAGGAGCAAAUCAGGGACAGUUUUUAAAUGAGUCUUAAAUUCCCUUAAAAAGUUACGAGAACAACAGGUUUUACAAUGAUAUGCAUUUUCUGAACACUAGGAUGUAUGAAACUCUGGCAUUACUGACUGCAGUUCACAGUGAUUUACCAGAAAUUCAAAAUCUUUACGAAGAAUAAGGAAGGCCUGGGGAAAAAAAAUCAGAGAUGGCUGACGGGGUUGGACAGAGGGCAAAAUAAAGUGCUCCUCUGUGGCAUUAUCAAACUUAAAAGCUAUUUGACACUUCAGUAUGACGCACACUCUAUAUAACACUGUAGUAAACAGCUGUCUCCCAUGGGAUGCUCAAUUUACUGGAUCUUCAUUUUCACAGAUGCACAAAUUAUUCCAUAUUUUUUUCCUUGUGGAAUAACAUACAAACACACUGUGCAUUACAUCACUGAGGUGAUUAACACGUCAGUAGACUUUCUCCCUAAAAUCCAUUGGUAGACAAUGAUUAACUAGUUUUACAUUUGUUUUAUUACAUUCUAUGAUAAGCACUAUACACCUCACUAACAAUCUUAAUCCUCUUCUGGCUUCCUUUCAUUAUCUUUCAUUUGAGUAUAGCUGCUUUAAUUUAUUUACUUUUUAAUUUAUUGUCUGACUCUGUGACUGACCGCUGCAUUCUGGCUACUUUGUAAUAAAAUCUGCUGCAGACUACAAAAAUAUGCCAACCCACUACAGAACUGUUUCUCCCCGUUCUAAUACAUCAUCAGAUGGUACGGCUGGAUGACAUGGAAUCACAAAGUAAUUUGACAGUUUCUCAGCAUACCAUAAGUUUAAUAAACUUGACAAAUAUAGGUCUACUACAGUAAAAACUAGGCCCACUUUACAAGAUGAGUGCAUAAUUAAAAAAUAAAUAAGUGGUAGAAGAAACUCUUUGCAUUUGAUCUUUAAGGUUUUGUAUUAAACUAUAGAACUAUUACGAAGAGGGCCAACCAUUGUAAAAGGGGCUGGGUAUCACCCUGUGACACUGAAAGACAUGGAUUUGAGUAGCACCCUAACCCUGCAUACCCAGAUUUGAAAAGUGGUACAGGUAACAAAAAUGGUGUGAUAGAUGAGGGGUUUUCAGUUUCUGCUGCACUGCGCCCUCAGGUACACACUCAAUAAACUGCAGCAAUGGACAUUGCUGAAUGCAGAAAGCAGACCUGUUGUAUUGGGAGUAGAUUUGCAGUUACUCUUUUUAGAGGGGGAUGGGAAGCGAUGUUAGAAGAAAAAACAGAAAAAGACAAUGCUUUUGUUUCCAUAUUGUGACGAAAUAUUGCCUAACACCCACAACCAAAUCAAUAAUGUUGUUUUAUGGAAUGGUGUUCCACUUACUGGAGGCCAGCAGGAAAUGUAACCAGAAAAUAAAGGACUAUUAACCACUGUGUCUUUACAACAUUGCCAUUUCAGAAUGUAUAUUUGUUAAGUUUAAGAUGUAUGUUAUUCAACAACCAAGAAGUAAAAACUGCAUAUUACUAAACAA